AUGAUUGAGCGCAACGGCUUGAGUGUCGUACGACGUUUUGCGUCAGCGAUGCCAUUCUUCGACGAGGUCUCUAUUACCGAAGCCGAGCAGAUCAAGAACCGGGAAAUAGUCGCGAUCAUCCUCAUCUACGUCGUGUUUAUGAUCGCGAUUGUCUGCAUGUACGAGUCGGUGGCGCCAGUCAUAAAUAACCCAAGAUAUCCGUUUUACAAUAACUAUCCCAAUUAUAAUGUUAGUAAGUAA